GAAAACCCGGGCCACCAUGCUCUCGCGGGUUUCUCUCUUCGCCGGACGUGCGCUUCACGUUCAGGCCACCGCCGCCGCGGCUGUCCGCCCGGCGACCCAGCCCCUCAUUGCUCGGCUCUUCUCCUCCCCCGCCGCUAGCGAUUCCGCCGCCCAGGAUGACUGGUUCGACAACACCGAGGACUUGCUCAUGGCCAAGUUCUCGCGCUCCCCCAAGAUCACCCUCUCGGUGGAUCCCAACAAGGACCUGAAGUACAAGGAGCGCCCGCUCUUUGGCAAGCCGGUCCUUCGUGUGCCGGAUCUCCCGAUGCCCCUCUUCCGUCAGACUGUCGUCUACAGCGACGGCUCUUCGCGCAUUCUCCUGUCCGGCUCGCCGCGCCGGAUCUUCCGCUCGUCCAACGACGUCACCAGCCAUCCCCGCUGGCAGCCCGGCACCGAGGAGAACGUCCGUCUUCUCGAGCUCGACCAGCUGUCGGCCAAGCGCACUCGCCGUAACACCGCCCAGCAGUAUGCCACCAAGCGUGCCGCUCGCAAGAAGGCCCCCCGGAAGAAGAAGUAAGCGCCUCGUCUCCUCCCGCGGGCCCGUGCGUGGUGGCUGGCCUUCUUUCGCUGUUUUCGUCUGUCUUCUCGUCGAUGGCGAUGGGCGUCCUCUCGCGCUGGUCUGCGGUGGUGCCCCCUACCACUUGUCGGUCCUCUUCCUCCCCCCUCCCCCCCUCCCCCCCCUCUGCCCC